AUGCUCGUCAUUUAUUUGAGUUUGGGUUUAUUUUGCGGUUGUUUCGGUUACCCGUCUGGAGCACCUGAAUCGGCAUGUGAUAACAUGACCCCAGAUCACGGCGUUUCUCCUCAAACGACGCCAACACCUUACGACAUCACACUGUCAGCUUCUAAGUUAGCUGUUGAUGAAAAUCUGACAAUUUCAAUUUCUCCUAAAGAUGGCAGGACGACAUUUAAAGGUUUUCUAAUAGAGGUUUAUACAGACUUGGCAAGUCCAGUAAAAUUUACAGAUGGAGAAUUUACGGUUCCUGAAAACGCUCAUACACAGUGUAAUGGGGGUGCCACGCAUUCUAAUGCAAACCCAAAAUUACUUAUUAGUCUUUCUUGGAAACCGACUGCAAGUUUUACUGGAAAAGUUAAGUUCAGGGCCACAAUUGUACAGUCCUAUACAAUAUUCUGGAAAGACAUUGAGUCCAAAUCUCUAAAUGUGGAUUACUUUCUUCCAUCUGCAGCUCCUGUCACGGUGACACCUAACGACCAACCUCGCUGUGAGAAAGGUUUUGGUUGCUUCAAAUCUUGUCCUAGUGAGUCAUGUGACGGCGUCGUCCAAUGGAAAAGGAGAGAAAAUUUUGUCGAUUUCAGCAUUAUAAUUAGCUUAGAAAAUCCAAACGACAGAUGGAUCGCUAUUGGACUUUCUCCAAAUGGUAAAAUGCCAAGAACAAGUGUCAUGAUGUGUAUGCAUUACGAUGAUAAAUUUGAAGUUUUGGACGGAAUAAAUAAGGGAUAUACUUUCUCUAUAUUGCCAAAUAGCACACUCGGGUUGUUCAACAUAACUGCUAAUGUUACUGGUCAAAUUAUGAAAUGCUCUUUUUCAAGAAAAAUCAAUGUCUCUGAGGAUUCUGAAGAUGUUUACAGCUUAAACAAAAAAUACUUCUUGUUGCUCGGAAACGGACCGGUCAAAAACGGUAAAACUGGAAUACCUCAGCAACAUGAGAAAAUUCCUGAAGUCAGUGGCGGAAAGGUUAACUUUCUGUUGAAUGAGGAUAUUAAACCUCAGGAACCAUCAAUGCUUCUCUACAAAUUACAUGGAAGUUUAAUGAUAUUUGCAUGGAUAUUUCUGUCCAGUAUUGGCAUAAUAACUGCCCGCUACUACAAGUCGGAAUGGAAAGAUAUGAUGCCGUGCGGAGUCAAAGUCUGGUUUGCUAUUCACAGGACAGUCAUGUCACUCGUGUUUCUUGUUACCACAGGAGCAUUUGUAUUAAUUUUUAUUGAAGUCGGUUCCCUUCUUCAGGAAAAAGAAGGGAGCGUCUACCUGAGGUACCAUCCAGCACUCGGAAUAUCAGUCAUGGCAUUGACUGUUGUAAACCCUGUUAUGGCUCUAUUCAGAUGCAGUCCCGGUCACAAAUACAGGGAAGUCUUUCAUUAUUCCCAUAUGUUUGUGGGAACGUCUGCACAGAUCUUAGCAGCUGUUACGAUAUAUUUUGGAGUGAAUCUAGAAAAGUCAGACACACCAGAGGAGGUCUCGUACAUCGUUAUAACGUAUAUAGCCACUUAUGUCAUCAUUGAACUUAUAUUAGAAUCUGAAAAAUAUUUCAGAAAUCGUGGAGAUAACUCAGAGAGACAGAUUCUUCUUAAAUCGGCUGCGAAUGAGUAUCCUUCAUCAAAAUCACAGUCUAAAGUGAAUGGUGUGAAAUUAUCCAUCCUGAUGCUCCAUGUUCUGUGUAUGUCAGUGUAUUGUCUAGCACUUAUUUAUUUUGUAGCAUCGGCAUAG